AUGCAGAAGGGACUCAGUGCAGACCACUUCUUCGAAACCGAUGCCUCGGCUGAAAGACGCCAGAGGCAGGCGGCCAAGGCGGGCAACAAGAAUGGGGACCCCAUAGCGCUGAAGGCAAAGCCCCUGGCUGCUAUCCGCGAUCCGGCCUCACCUGCUGCCUUGUACGUUGCCGAGUCCACAGGUUCAGUCCGCCGGGUGGACCUCGAGACUCAAGAUAGUAAACAAGUCUAUCGAGGGCCUUCGGCACCAGUCACAUGCGUUGCCGUUGGAGGGCCUGAUAACCAAACCAUCUUUGCCGGAUCAUGGGACAAGCAUAUUUGGACCUGGGAUGUAUCCUCCAAAGCACCAGGGCGCAAGUACAGCGGCCACUCGGAUUUCGUGAAAGCAAUCCUCUGCGCAAACCUGGGCGGCAAGGAUGUCAUUAUCAGCGGCGGCGCCGACAAGAAGAUCUUGGUCUGGGACGUCGCCACUGGGUCUCGGCUUCACACUCUGCAGGAUCAGGCCGUGUCCAUGAUGGCGAUUCAGCACCUGGCCAUCGACCCUGUCCAGUCAAGUGCCGACGAGAUCAUUCUGGUUAGCGCCAGCAGCGAUCCUCACCUCCGCCGGUGGCGCAUUCGUCUGGACUCGGCGGCCCAGAUCGUUGAUAGCACGCCAGGGGCGCCAGACGAGGCUCGCCACGCCAUACUAGAGCACGAGACGACGGUGUACCAGCUUGUCUUCGAUCAGGAAGGCGACGAUGUAGAUCUAUGGACAGCCAGCGGCGAUGGCACGGCAAAGUGUCUCUCUCGUGUCAAGAACUAUGCCGUCGAGGAUACCAUCGAGCAUGGCGACCACGUGAGAACCGUGGCCCUGACGGAUCAGUGGGUCAUUACGGCUGGAAGGGAUGAAGACGUCAAAGUGUGGGACCGGGCGUCUGGAAAGCUGUAUUGCACACUGGAGGGGCACUUUGACGAAGUCACCGGCCUAGUCCUCUUGAAGAGCCAAGCAGGGGCACCCGAACAAGUCGUGUCGGUCUCACUGGACGGCACCAUAAGAACCUGGUCCCUGGACAAGAAGGAGCUGGACAAGAUCAACCAGGAGAAAUCAGAUCGGGCCAAUGGCGUCGAAGAGGAGGUAGCUGAAGAAGCGCCGGAGCCUUUGAUGACUGCGGAAGAGGAAGCCGAGCUUGCCGCCCUCAUGGAUGAGGACUAG